GCGGGCGGGCGGACAUGGCGGCCAACAUGUACCGGGUCGGAGAUUAUGUCUACUUUGAGAAUUCCUCCAGCAACCCCUACCUAAUCAGGAGGAUAGAAGAACUCAACAAGACUGCAACUGGCAACGUGGAAGCAAAAGUAGUGUGCUUUUAUAGACGACGAGAUAUUUCCAACACGCUUAUAAUGCUUGCAGACAAGCAUGCUAAAGAAAUUGAGGAAGAAUCUGAAACUACAAUUGAGGCUGACCUGACUGAUAAACAGAAACAUCAGUUGAAGCAUAGAGAACUCUUUUUGUCGCGCCAAUAUGAAUCUCUGCCUGCAACACAUAUCAGGGGGAAAUGCAGUGUUGCCCUUUUGAAUGAGACAGAGUCAGUAUUGUCAUAUCUUGAUAAAGAGGAUACUUUUUUCUACUCAUUGGUCUAUGACCCCUCAGUGAAGACACUAUUAGCUGACAAAGGUGAAAUCAGAGUGGGACCUAGAUAUCAAGCAGACAUUCCAGAAAUGCUCUCAGAAGGAGAAUCAGAUGAGAGGGAACAGUCAAAACUGGAAGUUAAAGUUUGGGACCCAGAUAGCCCACUUACAGAUCGACAGAUUGACCAGUUUUUAGUUGUAGCACGUGCUGUUGGGACAUUCGCUCGAGCCCUUGAUUGCAGCAGUUCUGUACGGCAGCCCAGUUUGCACAUGAGCGCAGCUGCAGCCUCUCGAGACAUCACCCUGUUUCAUGCUAUGGAUACAUUGUAUAGACACAGCUAUGAUUUGAGCAGUGCAAUUAGUGUCUUAGUGCCACUUGGAGGACCUGUUUUAUGCAGAGAUGAAAUGGAAGAAUGGUCAGCCUCUGAAGCUAGUUUAUUUGAAGAGGCACUGGAAAAAUAUGGCAAAGACUUCAAUGAUAUACGUCAAGACUUUCUCCCUUGGAAAUCAUUGACUAGCAUCAUUGAAUAUUAUUACAUGUGGAAAACUACUGACAGAUACGUGCAGCAGAAACGUCUAAAAGCAGCAGAAGCUGAGAGUAAACUGAAACAAGUAUAUAUCCCAACUUACAGCAAACCGAAUCCCAACCAAAUAUCCACCAGCAAUGGCAAACCUGGUGCUGUGAAUGGAGCUGUGGGAACCACGUUCCAGCCCCAGAAUCCCCUUUUAGGGCGAGCCUGUGAGAGCUGCUACGCUACGCAGUCUCAUCAGUGGUAUUCUUGGGGCCCACCUAAUAUGCAGUGUAGAUUAUGUGCAACCUGUUGGCUCUAUUGGAAAAAAUAUGGAGGCCUGAAAAUGCCCACCCAGUCAGAAGAAGAGAAGUUAUCUCCCAGCCCACCUACAGAGGACCCCCGUGUCAGAAGCCACAUGUCUCGUCAAGCCAUGCAGGGGAUGCCGGUCCGAAAUACUGGGAGCCCAAAGUCUGCAGUGAAGACCCGCCAAGCUUUCUUCCUUCACACUACAUAUUUCACAAAAUUUGCUCGUCAGGUCUGCAAAAAUACCCUCCGGCUGCGGCAGGCAGCGAGACGGCCGUUUGUUCCUAUUAAUUAUGCUGCCAUUAGGGCAGAAUAUGCAGACAGACAUGCCGAGCUCUCUGGAAGUCCGCUGAAAGGCAAAAGCACGAGGAAGCCUUUGGCAUGUAUCAUUGGGUAUUUAGAGAUCCAUCCUUCGAAGAAACCUAAUGUAAUUCGAUCUACACCAAGCCUGCAAACCCCAACUACCAAGCGGAUGCUAACCACCCCGAAUCACACGUCUCUGAGCAUUUUGGGGAAAAGAAACUACAGUCAUCACAAUGGCCUGGAUGAACUCACAUGCUGCGUGUCAGACUGAGCUAUCCCUGUUUCAUCCUAUAAUCCAAGACUUGCUACACUGUCCUGCUGAUGUUCACGGCCGUGCCUGGGAAGGAGGCGCCCCAUUCCCAGGUCAUUUCAGUGGGAAACCUCCAAGUGUGCCCCAUGGAGACUCGAUGGGGCAGGGAAGAAACUGUAGAAGUGCAUGUCCCAAAGCCGAGUCUCCACGUGGGUCAUUGUCACUGCGCUUUCCUCCCAGAGACCUCGCUGUCCCAGGGAGACCUGCCCGAGAAUUAAGGGGCUGCGGGAGCCACUCCGCCUCCUCCCUUCUGCGCCCCACCCGGCACGGCGGCUCCUGGGGCCGCUGCCCUGCAUGCGUGAGCUCUGCUCUGCUGUGAGCUGUGUGGCUGUGCACAGGAGGGUCCUGGCGUCUUUCUGAACGGAUUUUUCUUAACAAACGCGCCAGUGUUCAUGCAGUUCACAAUGUUUCCCUGUCCUUGCUGUCACUGUCCCUGGCUUUUUCUCAAUCGGCUUCAUAGUUAUUUUUGUUAAUGGGGGAUGUUCCUCUUUACCUCCUGCAUCAUAUAUUUGACCUUUUUCCUUACCCCUCCGAGGUACAGAGUGACCUAAGGUUUUGAAAAAAAGAUAAGAAAACUGUCUUCGGUAAGCCUGUGAACUUCACAGUGUUUGUAUUUUGUCACUGAAGAGAGGUUGGUGUUCUACUUUGUUCUGCUUGGUCCCAGACAGCUCCCAUUGGAGCAGGUGUUCUGACCGAGCCAAGCAUGUGUAUCACUGUGACAAGCCACUUCAUACUGGCUGAUCCCCGUGUGGCCAGACCGGCCGAGGGGAAUUGCAGCCGGGUUGCUCCUUUAGCAAAUUACAGAUCACCUGGGUCUGUUUUAAGCCGAUGGAAUCUGUUUGCCAAGGAAGAUGAAGUGAGAGAGGUGUGUUUGCAAGUGAGUCUGUGACUAGGACACCAUGAGUCCCCACCCUUCCGGACCAAAUGUUUCUGUGAGCACAUGUGCCCAGGCCCCAGGAGACCUGCCUGCAACCUGGUCUCACUGGCUGGGGCUCCUCCUGUCUGCUCUCAGCACCAGCCCUGGAUGGCAUCACAGGCUGGUGCUCUGCAGCUCUGUGCACACAGCUGCAGGGACAGGGCCUUAGUGUCCCAUUGGCUCCCCGAGCAGAUGCGAGUCGGCUACUCCAGGGCCCUCUCUUUGCAGGGACAGGCUGCAGGGCACCGGGUCACAGCACUACGAGAGACAACUGGAGUCUGGCCUCCCAGCUGUCCCUGGGGUCUGCAGCUGGGAGGCAGCUGGAUGGCUAGCAGUAGGUGCCCCAAGAGGUUGCAGGACAGAGUGGCUGCAGUUGAGUUGUCCCCCCACCCCCAGUCCCCAGGCAGAGUGAGGAGUCACUAAAAUGGCAGCGCCGCUCGAGAUGUCCAGAUCCUGAGCUGGGCUCCACUCAGCAGUGGGGACGUGAUGUGUGCCGUCUGAAGGCGAUGCUUGGAGCGUGAGCUGCCUUUUCCUUUUCUGGUUCUGCAGUCACGGUGGCUUCUCUUCUGAGGAGGAGUUGGUUCUCAUCUCAGGCUUUUGCGGGGGUGACCUGGGGACGUUCUCACCACUGCCAACUCUUGGAGCUAUUCUGGGUCUUGGCGUGGGGCCCUGAGGGUGGGCCUGUGUCAGAGGCGCUCAGAGAGCGGGUGGAGAUGGCAGGCAUCGCCCUCGGGGCUUCCCGAGAGAAGCCCUCAUCAAAGACCCAGAGGGAGUGGGCAACUGGCUCUCCACAUCACGAGGACCGCCGUCCCUCUGUGCCCUGCCUGGCUUUGCUGUCGCACGUGGACAUGAGAUGCUCCCUCGCCCGCUCACGUUCCUCUCCACCCACGUGAAAUGUGACAGUCAGUCAGAGAAACAGCGAGCUGCCCGUUUCCUUGUCUCUGCCUCCUGGGAGAGGCCCUCCGUACCAGCCCAGGAGAUCUGGGGACUGAGGCCAGGCCAGGUCUGAAGGAAGAACAGGAGCCCCCGCCCCUAGUCCAGGUUACAUUUAGCUUCGGGACAGGUGCAGCUCAUUUUGAGCCACGUGUACCAAGAAAGCUCUUCCUUCAGCUUGUAGUCAGAGCUGGUUCUACAGCCGCGUCCUCCUACGGGGAGGAUGUUGACUAAGUUCUGGGGCUCUCACUGCACCUCUGGAAAGUCCCGGCCCAUUCCAAGGGAGCUCUCCAGGGAACAGGAAGGACGCCCACGAGCCUCUGACGUUUGCCCCUGCCGUUCUGAGCACUUGGUGCGGGGCGGGUUUCCCAGCCAUCCCCUUUCUGGGGCCACCGUGUCACCACUGUGUGCGUCAUGGUGUGUCACCUUGUGCUGUGAACCUGUGGGGUGGACACACUGUCUGCAUGGCCCAGAGCCGACAUGCACAGUGGAUGUGUUCUGAGCCUGGUCCGUGCUCCCUUGGAUGAGAUCCCAGAAGUUCUACUAGUCAUCUUCCGUCUCCUUCUCCAUCAUCACCCCUGAACCCCCGAUUUCCUGUCCUAGAGGGGGUUAAAGAGGAGGACACUAGACUGGUGUUUGAGCGUACCUCUCAGAAGUCCACUCUGCCCACAGCAUCCAACCAGGAAAACAGAAGCCACUCCGAGUAUUUAAAAUGGGUUUUUUGUUUGUUUGUUUGGUACGUGCCCCUAGCAGGAACCAAACCCUGGACUCUCUGGUCCACAGGCCGACGCUCCAACUGCUGAGCCAAACUGGCCAGUGCUAAAACAGGGGUUUUAAUCCAGACAGUUGUUUAGCACAAAACAAGUAAAGUUGAGAGGCCAAACGGCAGCAAGGAGCAACCCAGAGAUGAUUUGGAAGGCUGGUGGGACACGGGACAGGCUGCGUUACUAGAGCCUGGGACGCAGGGACACCGGGAGGAACCUGGGACACAGAGGACCUGUCUCGUGGGAGCUGCAGCCACAGGAGGCACAGUCCUUGCCAGAACCGACUCCCCGGACAGAGACGGGGAGAAGUGGCCUGGUUUCUCCCUGGUGUGUGCCUUGCAGAUUUCUACAGGGAUCUCUUGUCAGCUACACCCAGCUGGAAGCCAGCUGGCCGGUGGGCCUGGGACAGGCAACCUGCAGCGGUCAGCACCCCCCUACUCAGAGCGGAGCAGAGGAGGGUCUGACAGUAACGGGCCAGGACAGGAGUGGCCUUGGUCUGCUGUGUGUCAUGUUCAGGCCUGGAGUUCAUGCCCCAUGCUGCCUAGAGUUCGCAGUGAGGAGAGACGGAGGAGCUGCCCCCAGGUUUUUGUAGAUUAUUUUUCACUGUACCUAGAGAGGAAAGUGCUUUGGGGAGGGAGGGAGAAAGCCUUUCUUCUUAACAGUUGCCCCAUUUUCCGCUGGGGGAAUCUCCCGUCUAGCAGCCCCUCCUCACCAUGCCCCUCAGGAAAGCUGUGUCCCAGUUAUCUGCCCCCCUCCCAUCUCUGUGCCCCAGUCUCCGGUUUCCCUGCCAGAGAACGGUGACCCCGACCAUGCAUCAGUGGCCAUGAACAUUCCCCCAGGACAAUCCAUUCAGAGAGCGGUAUUACAGUGUGGACCGUCUGUAAGUAGAUGCCAUCUACUGAUCAAUUUGUAUUGUGUUUCCAAUAAAUUUCUGCAAAUUA